CGGGGGUAAUGAGUCUAGUAUAAAAGUCCUCGAGUACACAUGAACCGUAUCACUUGCUGUAGUGGAUUUUAUAUCACAAAAUGGCCGCUAAGUUUCUAGUACUCCUGUGCGCGUUGGCGACUGCCCGCGCUGGUGGUUUGUACGGCGCUGCUUAUGGAGCAUCAUACGGCGCAUCCUACGCAGCACCCAUCGCCUCCUACGCAGCGGCCCCCAUCAUCAAGAGUUACAGUGCCCCAGCGAUCGCGUCAUAUGCCGCGCCCGCCUACUCAACUUACGCCGCGGCGCCUGCAGCUGUCUUCAAAAGUUAUGCCGCUCCCGCCUACUCAACUUACACCGCGGCACCUGCGGCAGUUAUCAAAAGUUAUGCCGCUCCUGCAAUCGCAUCUUACGCGUCAGCUCCUCUGAUCAAGAGCUACGCUGCGCCAGCAUACUCGGCCGCAUAUGCCGCGCCGUCUGUCGCCUACUCUGCACCAAUUGUAAAGGCUGUUGCACCUGCUGUGUCAUCAAUCUCAUCAUACACCACUCAGACUGCCCACGCAGCACCUCUAGUCGCGAAAACUUUCGCCGCCCCCGUCGCCACUUACGCCGCUGCCCCCGUAGCAACUUACGCCAGCGCACCUCUGACUACUUACGCCGCUCACGCUGCGCCCGUAGCCACAUACGCCGCUCACGCUGCUCCAGUAGCCACAUACGCCGCCGCCGCCCCGGUGGCUAGCUACACCGCCGCCGCUCCCGUGGCAACAUACGCCGCCCACGCCGCGCCUCUGUUGACUAAGACCUUCGCCGCCCCAGUGGCGAGCUACACCGCCGCUGCACCCGUCGCCACAUACGCCGCUCACGCCGCUCCUCUGGCAACGUACGCUUCCGCCCCGGUUCUCAAGUCCGCAAUCAGUUACUCAGCAGCGCCCGCUGUCUCCCACGUGGCGUACAGCGGUCUCUCUGGCCACUACGGCUGGUGAUCGCCUUACCAACUAUGUACAGAAUCUAGUUGUUAUAUUUUUAUACAAUGCGAAUAAAAUUUAAAAAGUCAAUUUA